UCGAACUGCUUCCGCCAGGAGCCGGAAAACGUGGUCUGGGCCGCAUUCUGGGCUAGUGGGGCAGGAUCAUUUCUUCAGUUUUCUAUGAUGUCGCAGAGUGUUGGAGAUGGCAAAUCUAGUGACUUAAGUGUAAGCAAGGUAGAAUCGGAGAUGAGAAGCAUGAGAGAGAAAUUCCUUGCAAGAGUAACAAAGUUAGUUGAAAGCAAAAGUUACAACAGCAAGGUCUUUUCUAAAGAAAAGUACUUCCAGACACUGAGGGAAGUAAAAGAAGCCAAAGAAAAGGGGAAGAAGUCAUCUCGGGACUACCGCCGUGUGGCAAAGUAUGAUGUGGUCACUAUACAUGGUACUGAGAAACUGAUUGAGGCAGCUCAUGGAGAGCGAGAUCGAAUACGGUAUUAUGUGCACAAGGAAGAGUUAUUUGACAUUCUUCAUGAUACACAUCUCAGUAUUGGACAUGGUGGACGGACUCGUAUGCUAAAAGAAUUGCAAGGAAAAUAUGGAAAUGUUACAAAAGAAGUCAUUGUAUUAUAUCUGACUCUGUGCAAACAGUGCCAUCAGAAGAAUCCAGUGCCCAAGAGAGGUUUUGUAGCAAAGCCUAUGACUUUUAAGGUAAUUUGCUCCAGAUGCCAAGUUGAUCUCAUUGACAUGCAGUCUAAUGCUGAUGGGGAAUUCAGAUUUAUCUUAAGUUAUUUGGACUACUUAACAAAAUUCAUGAUUUUACGGCCAUUAAAAUCCAAAGGGGUUCAUGAGGUGGCAUGUGUCUUAUUAGACAUUUUCUCAAUUAUUGGGGCACCCAAGGUAUUGGAGUCUGACAGUGGAAGAGAAUUUGCAAACCAUGUUGUCAGUGAGCUCAAUCAGAUGUGGCCAGACCUGAAACUUAUCCAUGAAAAACCUCAAAACAGCCAAAGCCAAGGUAUGAUAGAACAAGUGAACCAGGAGGUACAACAAUUGAUGAGUACCUGGAUGCAGAGUAACAAUUCACUUCAUUGGGUUGAAGGUCUUCGAUUUGUGCAAAUGAUGAAAAACCAGGCCAUUCAUGCAGGCUUACAGCAAAGUCCCUAUGAAGCAAUGUUUGGUUGUAAACCUAAAUUUGGUCUGUACAACUCAAAUUUGCCCCAUGAUACUGUUUCCAUUCUCCACACAGAGGAAGAACUAGAGAUUGCUGAAGAGCAACUAGAAAACAAUCUCAUGGUCAAGCAGGAAGAAGGCACUGAAAUUGGAGCAGAGAAAUCUGACCUAGAAGACAUUGAUAACAAUCCUACUGAGAUGCCUAAGCCAUGCACAUCACAGAGUACCAUGAGUCUGAUCUGCCACUGAAUAGAUGGUUGUAUUUUAACCAUUCAUGGAGGUUUCUCCAUGCACUGUCAACAAAAUUCCUAUCCAAGGCAGUUUGAGGCAUAGGAGGCAAAGGUUUUUGCCCCACAAUCUAGAAGCCCCUUGCAAUUAAAAACAGUCAUGAGGUUGCCUCAUAUCAGGUGGGGAGGAAAAAAGAUAUUUGACUUUAAAGUACAUUGGCCGAGAUGUUAAUAUGUAGUUGAACCUUUGUUCCAAUCUUCUCUGUUCACUCCCCCCCCAAAACCCUACCCCCUACUAAUUAUUUUAGAAAUAAAAAAGGUGUUCAUUGAAAAGGGAUGGAGGAAGGAAUGGUAGGUAAAGGAUAUGGGAUAAGAUGAGACGAAAGAAGAAAUAAAAGAGAAUGGAGGUGGGAAAUGUCCCCAGGGCUAAGUCUCAAUUAUGAGACUGGGAAAAUCAAGGGGAACUGACCACCUGAGAUGGACACUGUGGAGCAGAGGUUCUUCCUAGUUUGAGGUCUGUGAUCUUGUUUUUGUUUUUUUUAA